AUGGCCCUCCCACGGGCACCCUUGCUCCUAUGCUUCCUCCUGCUGUUGCCCCACGUCCACGCCUUCGGUGCCGGCAACAUCGCUUCGAUCUCGGCCGUCGAGGGCCAGAACUGGCGCCAUGGCGAUAUCGAGGAUGUACUCAAGACCAUCGCCUGUAUCUCCGGCCAUAAAUGGACCUCCACCAUGAUCAAGCGGGUUUACUUUGGGAACUGGCUGCGGGAUUACUCCCAGGCCAUGGAUACCGGCACCCUCAAAAAUCUCCAGGCGGAUACCAUCCGCAUCCUGGUCUGGAUUCUCUCGUUCCUCAGCUUUGGCUAUGCGACGGCCGAGUUUGAGGUCACGUCGGACCGACUGGGUGUCUAUCGGCCCGAGGAGCAUAUCGAUAACCCCAAAGGCUACGCCGACAACCAAGACGCCCGCCAGUUGGACAAGCGGCUACGCGGCCCGGUCCGGCCCGUCGAGCUCGAAAUCGACCCCGACACAGGCAUGAAGAACUACAUUGCCAACGAGCGCGGCGACUGGGCCACCAGCGCCGCCUACGUCAAGUACAGCCUAGGCCGCAGCAUCCAUUUCGGACGCAUGUACACGCACGGCGGGGAGCGCAAAGGCAGCGAGGAGGACCUAUGUGAGGCCCUGCGGUGUCUAGGACAAGGGUUGCACACGCUGGAGGAUUUUGCCGCGCAUACCAACUACUGCGAGCUGGCUCUGCGCGAGAUGGGCUUUCUGAAUGUGUUUCCGCACACGGGCACGGCGACGCAGUGCAAUAUCCGGGGACACCAGGUCUUCCCGCUUGUGACGGGGACUUUUGGGAUGGUUGAUUUCUUUCACUCCGUGCUUGGGGAGACGACUGAUCACUUUACUCAGUCGGAGGUCAAUGAGAUGGAUGUUGCGCUUGGAGAUGCCCAGUCGAGUUCGCAGUCGAAUAGCUCGCUCAAUGCCCUUACUGGAUUGCUGGGCAAGAUCCCCGGUACGAGGGAUCUGGUAAAUGAGGCUCAGCAGCUCAAGCAGCAAUCCGAGGCUCAGGAGUCUGUCAACCGACGCCGGGGCUCGAUGGCGGGCUAUUCUCAGAGUUUCAGCUCUCGUUGUGUCGAGGAUCACGAAAUUGGCGAGCAGACUCGUGCGCCUGGCCCGGGUGGCAGUACAGCGCCAGCACCAGGUUCAGGCCCAGGGCCAGGUCUCCAGGGUAUGCCAGACAUCAAUCCACAAGAGACCAUCAAGAAGAUCUACCCCAUUCUCGAGUUCCGGGACAAAGUAGUCCGAAAACUCAACUCAAUCAUCGAGAAGAUUCCGGGACUGGAAGCCCUCGUGGAGAAGAUCUCCGAGACACUCACCGUAUUUAUCAUGUCAUUGCUAGCACCAUUCGUCCGCCCACUCAUCAACGCAGCCUCCAAAUCCUUACAGACAGGCUCGUCAGGUGUCAUCGACGCCUCAGGAAAGCACCAGUACGAGCCCUGGACAGACCCGCGCUGCACCGACCCCACGCACUCGAUGCUCUCAAAGGACCACUUCGCAAACGUGCUCAAUGAGCCGGCCGGUCAUGUCGCCGCCGCUAUCGUGCGCUACGUCGCGCCCCGCGUCUUGUACGCAUGGGAACACAUCGAUGUGCCCGACCACGAGGUUCUGAAUGACUGCAUGAAUAUCUUCCACCAUCCGACUCUGCGUGAUAUGCGCAACGACGCACACAGGACUAUGUUCGAGGCUGUCCAGUCCUGGGUGAAUACCCACCCCGACCGCAGGGCUAAGCUGAAUGACAUCCUCAGUGCCGAUGGCGUCAGGGCAGGUCGUAACACUGGCGGUGUCCCUCACACUCACGGCAGUGGUAGUGGGGGUGGAGGGUUUGCCGCGUUGGGAGGCGGUGGUGCCCAUUCCCACGGCGCCUCUGCUUCCCAUGGCUCAUCUUUCCUGCCGCAGCUACAUCAGCAGCCGCAAGGACAGCACGGUUCCUCGGGUGGUAGUGGUAUUCCGUGGGAUAAACUAUCCAAUCUACCCAUCCCCGGCCUAUCGUCCUCGGGACAACACCAGUCCCAGGGCCAGCACAGUUCCUCUGGCGGUCUUCCCUGGGAACAACUCUCCCAUCUUCCUAUCCCCGGCCUGUCAUCUUCCGGCCAGCAUGGCCAGCAUGGUUCCUCCGGCGGACUUCCGUGGGAUAAGCUGUCUGGCCUGCCGAUUCCUGGGAUGUCGGAGUUGAACAAGCUGAACAAGAUCUCACACUUCGUUCCGGGGGGGUUGGGGCAUGGUUUUUCGAGGGAGGUGGAGGGUGAGAAUGAGGCUGGCACUGGGACUGCGGGGGGGCCGUAUCGGCAGCAGCAGGCUGAGUAUGAGCAGCCUCAGUAUCAGUCUCAUGAUGAACAUCAAAAUCAACACCAGCACCAGCACCAGCACCAGCAUCACCACGGCCAUGGCCAUGGCCAUCCGCACCAAGGACACGGUCGAGACGGUUAUUAA